GCCAAAAAAAAAAAAAAAAAAAAAAAAAAAGACAAAAAACAAGGGCUUGUCCAGUCUCCCACACCAUUCGCACAGCAGUCCGUUCCAUUCAAACGCACUCAAAGAGUAAAAAAACACAAACACAAUGGCCAGUCAAUCCGAUCCACAGGCAUCUGCCAUUUCAGCUGCUAAGUUGGAGUUUCUCGCGGAGGAUGAGAUGGUCGAAAUUGUGCCCAACAUGAGAAUGGAACCCCUAAAUUUGAUCUGCGGAGAUUUUGGCCCUUUUUGCCCCCAAAUAGCCAUACAGGUUCCACUGUGGCUGGCAGUGGCCCUGAAGAAGAGAGGGAAAUGCACUAUCAGACCUCCUGAAUGGAUGUCAAUUGAGAAGUUAACUCAGGUCUUGGAAGCAGAAAGGGAUUCUGAAGGGUUCCAGUCAUUACCAUUUCAUUAUGUUGAAAUCUCGAGGAUUUUUUUUUAUCAUGCCCGCGAGGACAUACCAGAUGUCUAUAUGGUGUGGUCUCUAAUUGAGGAUAUCAAGGAUGUAAGAUUCCACAAGAUAGGGACUGGCUUGGAGAUUAUAUCCAAGGAGCGCACUUCUGCAUUGAGGCUUAAAAAUCUAUCGGCAAUGGAAGCAAAUGUGGUGCGCCCAUUUGUUACAACAGCAUUGCAGACAUUCUAUAAGCUAAGCAGUCCAGAGUUGAUAUCGGAAUCAAAUGGUGUGCCCAGCAGACAGCGCCGGCCAAUCAAUGCACCAACUAGGGUUACUAAACCUAGAUGAUGCAAUUCCAACAUGAUAUCCAAAUCAUCAUGUUCUUGUCAACCUCUUCUGCACU